CUCAUAGCCAUGUCCCAAUAAAGAAUAAGCUCCCGACAUUUUUUUGCGCGCUUCAAUUUUUAAUAUACGCCCGAAACUCGUGAUGUUCUGACGAACGGUCCACAAUAGCACGAUUGCAUUUGAAAUAUUCGCGAAGUGUGACUCAUUUAUAUUUUAACUGAAUACAGUUUUUAAAUUUACCGCGUUUUAUGUGUGUUUUCAAAACAUCUGUGUAACAAGGCGCGAACUCACCGCACGAUGAUAUUUUAACGUAAUAUGGAUUCUGCAGAAAAAAUAAAAACGUUUCAAUGAUUAUUUUUUAUAUCAGGUGAAUUUUAUUUACAAUGGUAGAUACACAACAUUUUUGUCUACGUUGGAACAACUAUCAGAGCAGCAUAACAUCGGCCUUCGAAAACCUCCGUGACGAUGAAGAUUUUGUAGAUGUUACGUUAGCCUGUGAUGGAAAAAGUUUGAAGGCUCACCGAGUGGUUUUGUCAGCUUGUAGUCCGUACUUUAGGGAAUUACUCAAGAGUACACCUUGUAAACACCCGGUGAUAGUACUUCAAGAUGUCGCUUGGACAGAUUUGCAUGCAUUGGUCGAGUUCAUUUAUCACGGAGAAGUUAAUGUACAUCAACGUUCCCUCUCGUCAUUCCUCAAAACGGCAGAAGUCCUCAGGGUUAGCGGUCUCACACAACAACACGGAGAUGGUAGAGAACAGUUGGCACAAGUACAAAGUAUGGUCAGGUCACAGCAACAUUCGACGCCAGUGUCCAACCACCAUUCGUCAUUCACGGAUAAGCUAGUAGAAGAUAGUUUAUUCACGUCUCCUUCCUCCCCUCCCCAUGGCGCUACUGUGAAUCAGUUGCUCAGAAGAGCCGCAUUGCAAUACAGGAGAGAAAGAAGGAUAUCAAUGGAUCCAGAUAAUGAACAUAAAAGAACAAGAAUUGAUCAUAUAAUGGGCAAUAACAAUAAUAAUAACAAUAAUAAUGAAUUAAAUUUAUCGACGACGCAUUCGCAACACCUCCCACCACAAACUCAACCGGCAGAUUUUUCCCCUAGCGCUAUGAAGAAUAAUGUGCUCAAUCUCAAUCUUAAUUCGAUAAAAACCGAUACAGAAGGUAAUAAUGGUAUAAGUAGUACGGAUAGAGAAGCUUCGCCGUGUUCGCCGUCCCCCACCCUCCUCCAUUCCCGAUGUAACAACAACGACAACGACAACAAUAACAUAAAAAAUGAACCAAUAGAAUUGCUCUGUAAUACCAACCAGGACGACAACAGCAACGACUCAGCAGACAUGACCAACGAUAACGGGGGCAGUGUGCCUCAUGGUGGUCCUCAUUCGGGUAGUUCGGGGGGUGGCGGGGACCACGACGAUCAUGAUAGCGCCAUAAGUCCUUAUUUAACGCCGACGGAAAGCAAAUUAUUUGCGACGGCGGCGGGAAGUUUUAAUUUUAGUAUGGCGGCGCUAGCGGGUGAUACUUCUAUGUUAGGAGGAUUGAAUCAGUCUCUACAGGGAAACGACAAUUUGGCUGGGACUUCGCAAGGGGCGUCGCCGAAGAAGGUGUUCACAUGCCAGCUGUGCGGUAAGGUGCUAUGCUCAAAGGCGUCCCUAAAGCGACACAUUGCCGACAAACAUGCAGAACGACAAGAAGAAUACCGAUGCGUCAUCUGCGAGCGCGUUUACUGUUCCCGGAAUUCUCUAAUGACGCACAUCUACACGUACCACAAGUCGCGCCCGGGGGACAUCGACAUAAAGUUCUUUUAGCCAGAGCACCUGCCCCAGCCGCUGCCUUCGACCAUACUCCCAGGUACCAUCCAUAGCCCCUUUUUUACCCCGCUUGCCGCUACCGCAGCUCUAUGUGUAGUUAUGAAUUGUGACGCUUGCUGCCGCCAUCAGCCUGCAUGUUCGCCCCAGUUGUUGUCCCCACCGACUUCGCCCACACCUCCACCACAGCCCUGUGCUGCUGUUGCAGGGCCGGUGCGGAUGCCACCCCCCACUUCCGGAGGCAUCAACGAACCCCAGGAGUGUCCUUACUGCCGGCGCACUUUUAGCUGUUACUACUCUCUCAAGAGGCAUUUUCAAGAUAAGCAUGAGCAAUCCGACACCCUCUACCUCUGCGAAUUCUGCCACCGGCGAUAUCGCACCAAGAACUCGCUCACCACCCACAAGAGUCUUCAGCAUCGAGGCUCCAGUGGCAUGCUCAAACGAUUGCUCAAGACGACGGCAAUCAAGAGCGUCCUCAGUGCCAGUGCUGCUGCCACCGCCUCUUCACCGCCGAUCCAUCAACAGCAGCCACCGUCGAUCCACCAACAACAGCAGCAACCGCCCCCGCGCCUCCAGUGAGCCGCUACUCUGGUAAAGGCCUAAAAGCUAUUCGAACCGAAAGUACAAAUCCCCACAGAGCCCAAUGUAGUUUUUAUAUGUCUAUAUUUACUACUCACAAGCAUCUUGGCAGGCAGCCAUUUAAAACAUCCCCUUUUUUCCUUUAAGUAACCCAACCCGAUGACAUAUCUUCAUCAUAUCACCCUCCGGUACAUCACGUUCAGUGCAUGUGUUGUAUAUCGUGAUUUACCCAUUUUAUGAGACAUUUCCCAGUGUUACUGUGAUUCAGUUCAGAUUAUAUUCCCCACUGUUUUAACCAAGCACUAGGUAUCAACGAAAUGAUUUUGAAUCGGUUUCUCAAAGUUGUGAUUGGAUAUCAUUACUUGAAAUUCAUUUAUCAGAAAUAAAAAUAGAAUUAGUAGCAUUUUUCUAUUCAAUAAAAAUAAGUAGAAGUUAUUGUUGAUAUAAAUCGACAUCCAAUACCUAGAUCAUUCAAAUGAAAAGAAUAAGUUUAAUAAUUUUAAUAAUAAUUGUAUUCAUAAUACAAUCAAAAUUAUUAUUUUGCUAAUAUUUCAUUUGACAUAAUUUCAAUAAUGGAACUGUAUUGUUUCAGUUCACUUUUUUUUAGUAUUAUACAGUAAAAUUUUUUCAUAAUCAAUCAAUUAUUGUGAUAAUUAAUAAAAUAUUUUCAUGGGAUAAUAUGAAUUUAUAAGUGCUUACCAUAACUUUGCACAAGAUCAUUUCGUUGCUAGAUCUUGUCCUUGUGACGAUAAUUUUAUCCUUCCCAAUAUCCCCCGCCCUUAAAUAUUUAUCACAUUCUUCUCCACAAAAAUUGCAUUUUGAAUGUAAAAAAGGUGAAUGAUCGUUUUCUAAUAAUGUAAAAAUAAUUGUUGAAUUUUUUCACAGCAGAAUAUAUUUUUCUCUGUGUAUGUUAACUUAACGAAAUGCGAUUUUUUUAAACGAAGAAAACUUUAAAAUGGUGAAUAUUUCAUUAUUAAUCGUUACUUCUAUUUGUUAUACAUAAAUUCCACAAUCUGAAUGAAUCCUUAUUAUACAGGGUGUUUUGAGAUAUAUUUACUACUUGUAGCAGUUUUAACUGAAUGAAAUUAGAGAACUGUUUGAGUUAAACACGGCAAAAAUUAUGUCCUUACAGUCUUUUAACCAAUUUAUUCAAAAAAAUAUUCAAAUCCUAGAAUAUAUUGCAUGCAUUGCUUACUAACAAUUUGGGCAACAAUGUCAUCCCAAUGUUAAGUUAUGCUUAGCUUUGUGGUUUUAUCAAUGAAAUGUGAAAAUUUGUGAUGAAGUUAACCCCUCAACAUGCGUAGGAAAUUACGCGCCGAAACUAUAUAUUCAUUUUAAAGGGAGUAAAUUUUGUUUUUAUAACAAGAAGAAACGAUAUCAUCUAUUUCAUGUUUAGCUUCAACAGUCGAUAAGUACUAUUUAAGAAAAACAGUUUACAAACUCCCUGUAUAAUCUAUUACAGUUUAUAUCAGAUACAUUUAAAAUGAUAGUGCUGUAAAAACAGUUAUCUGUAUAAUGGAACAUAUUUUAGUUGUUGCAGUAUUUUCGGUUUUUCACAUUCACUCUGUAUAUUUAUUAGGAUAAGACGUGACAAAAUGGAAUAAAACGAGGCAAGCGGGCCAACAACAUCCAAUAUAUUGGUAAUAUUUUGAUAUAAUUUCAUAAAAGAUUACAGAAAGUACUGCAGCAAAAAAUUACGAAAUUAUGCAAAUUUUUGUUCUAACUGUUCUUACAAUUAUAUGCAGUGUGAGUCUAAAGCAUCUUGGUCAAUUUUCAAAAUCAAAUUCCUAUUAGUUAUGAAUACUUAGAUGACAAACAUCCAUCUAGUAUAUUAAAAUAAUAUUUAUGGUAGGAAAUUUCUAGGUUUGCUUUGGAGUAGUGGAUUCUAAGGUAGGAUAACAUUGAUCAAAAAGCAAAAAGAAUCUCGGGUUAUAAUUUAUCGAGUAACAUAAUUCAAUUUUUAUCAUUUUAUUCAAGCCAUUUCCUCCCAGAAAAUAAUAGUUAUCUUAAAGUGUGGAAGAUUCUGUUUGAUGUUCCUCAUUGGUGGAAUAUCGUAGCAAGGGAUCGUCUUCCAUAAACAGUAUUCUUUAAACAACUGUACACAUCUCCAAUUGUUGUUCCAAAUUCAUCAGUGAAUAAAUUUUUUGACCAGUUUGUUGGUGAUUUUAUAGUUUAUUCAUUCUUAAACUGUUAAACUCACAAGAGGAGGCCAACAUGUCUGAGAGUGGUUAAGAAGAUUGAUUAUGACUUAAUCGUAAGCAACAACAUAAGGAAAGCAUUUUUCUACUGCUUUUCUUAUGAUUUACAUACGGUGGGGUGAUUUAUGCACAAUGUUUCUAGCUUAAUCUAUUUUUACACUAACACUAAAUACAAUAAACUAUAUCACUAUCACCAAACUAUGCCCUUACACUUAUCACUAAACAUUUAUCCAUUUCUUAUCAACUAAUUUAUUUAAACUCGUCAAUCCCGUUGUGUUCAGGAUGACAUCAGAUUAUUUAAUGACUACUACGGCCGUAAACAAAUAAAAAAACCUUCUCAGAAAUUCACUUUAUAGGUAGGACCAAAACAUACUGUAAGUAGGUUAUAAAAACAAUGUAAAGAAAUUGUCGCCGUAUAUAAAAAGCAUAAUGUAAAUGGUCUUUCUGGCAAUUGUACCCACAGGAUUCGCCAAACUUUUAUCAAUAUAAUAGAUCAUGAUCGGCUUCACGGUCUACGUCAUCGGAGGAGUUCGUAACAGUAAAAAGUAAUGAGUUUCUCAAAAGAUUUUUCAGUCAAACAUUUUCUAAUUAGUGGCAAUAUUUUAGAAUUUUGAUUUAGCUAAACAUGAUCACUAUCUUUUUGCUCGACACAAUACAUUAAACGUAUUCAAACGUUGUUAUCAUUAAAUGAGAUAAAUUAGUAUUUCGCUAAUUUAAAACUAGCUACUAAAGUCGAAAUUAAAUACGCGUGCUUUUUGAAAAUAUUAAAUUUUACAAUCGGAGAAAUAAGCUCUGCAAUCCCAUAAGAUUAUUACGUUUAUCUUUAUCCAUAAUUCUUAUUUUAAAAUUGUUUAAAAAAUUGAUUAAGUAUGGUGCAAAUGAAAGGAAUAAGUUCGUUAUUUCGUGCACCGGCGACUUGAGGAAAAUAUCUGAAACCUGUUAAUUUUUCUUUUUAAACAGGUUAUUCGCAAAGAUAUCUCUUUAUUUUUGACGUCAUAUCUGUUAGCGUGAUGACGGCAUUGUUAAAAUUUUAAAAUGGAAAUGUGGGUGUUGUAAUACAUUACUUGAAAGGUCUUUUAAAUACUUAUCCUUUUGUUAUAUUAAUGCUUCUAAAUUUUCUUGAUUUUACGUCUAAUUUCAAAAGAAAAGAGAACUAAAAUCAAGAACAUUAAAAGCAUUAAUAUAAUUCAGUUAUCAAGUUUGCUUCUAUUAAAAAAUUGAUUAAGUAUGGUGCAAAUGAAAGGAAUGAGUUCGUUAUUUCGUAAACCGGCGACAUUGAGGAAAAAUCCUGAACCCUGCUAAUUUUAUAUUUUAACAAGUUAUUUGCAAAGAUACCUCCUUAUUUUUGACGCCAUCGCAAUAAAAAUAUGGGUAUUGUAAUACAUUAUUUGAAAGGUCUUUUGAAUUCCCAUUCAUAUCACUAUAUCUGAGCAAUUGAUGUUUUUAUUUUUUUUUGAAAAUUCAUAAAUAUUCAUUAUUACAAUCAAAGAAAGGAUUGAGAUUGCACAAAUAAAUCCAGAAGUUAUCAGGAAGGUUCGCGACGCGUCCUUCUUGUCACUAUAUAUAAAAUUUAUUGGUGGUUUACGAGGUAACGAAUUUAGUCCUUUCUUUUGCACCAUACUGCAUUCACUAAGAAGAUCAGGUAGCCACGGAUGUAUGAUGAAUUCAGAAUGAGGUUAUAUUUUCCUUCAAUACUUCAAGAAAGUUUUUCGUUUAACUGCAAACAGACUUUAAUAACAUUUAUAUUGUUUCGUUUCCAACGUCAUCUUUUUCGACUCUCUUUGGAGGAACAAAUUGUUACCUUUCUGAACCAUGAAAGGAUGGAGCUUGGUUAUUGUCACUUUUUUCUUUGUCUGGAUCUUCCAAGACUUGAGGAAAUAGCUCUGGCAUACGACACCGGUUCUUGAAUAAUCGUCCGUAAUAUACGCCAUUGUUUGCACUAAAUUUUUGUAAAAUUAAAUUUCAAACAUUUACUGAGUUUUUAUUAGUUUAAUACUCCAAAAAAAUGAACUUUCACUUAUAAAGGAUAUUUCUGCAUAUUAUACGUGUAAUUUUUGUUGGAGAUAAAUGAAACAUGUUACUUGACUCUGAACAGUUGGUCAAAAAAAAAAACGAAAAUUCAAAGAAAUUUCACAUAUAUUAACUCCGUUGAGAAAUGAAGAAUAGAUUUUGAGUUUGUAUCAAAAUUUUGUAAGCAAACCUCAGAUUUGCAUCCAAUUCCACAAAGAACUAAAAACUCAGAAUUUUUCUGCUAGUGACCGUUACAAGCACGUAACUUUUUAUAACGUGUAAUUAAAAAAUGUUGGAAUUAAGAUGUUUUAGACUAAAUCUCACUGUAUUUUUCUGAUUCUAUUAUUUAUAAACAUGAUAAAUAGAACAUCGAUGUGAGUCGAAAUGGCACAAAAUGAAUACUAUGAAGAUGAUUUUUGUAUAGUGAAUAUUUUGUAAUGUGAUAAAUAUUUGCUCAUGUGAUUUUAGUAACUUUCGUAGGUGAAUCAAUCCUGCUGAAAGUAUCUUAGAUGUUACUCUAUGUAUUUAUGUUAUUUAAACUUGGCUAGGUUAAAAAAAGAGAGGUUUCAGAAUCCGAUCAAAUCACGGCGGUUUAACAUAAAAUUUUCUCAUUUAAGACAGAAACAAUGUCUGAACAUAUCUUUUACUAUUGAUGGCGAUUUUUAAUCAAACUAUCAAUUUAUCGCUACAAAUUAUCUUGUUACGAAAUUAGAGGUCACUGUUACGUGGAUCAAUUUCGAAUUGUGCGUUAUUAGAAAAGCCAUAAUGUUUCUUAAUUUCUGAUUAUUUGAAAAUUAUUAGUUAUGUAUGUUAUUGAAAUUUGAAAAAAAUCCUACUAACUAUUGGUUUGUUCUCGCAGAAGUCACAAUCAGUUAGGAUUUUGUGUAAUAAUUUUGAUGGCUUCUCGAAUGCCAAAAUCUUUAGCUGGUUAAUAGGGCACUUGCAUUUCUCAAAAAGUAUCUACUUUUUUUUGUUUAUUUAAUAAGUUCUUGAUAUGAAAUAAUGUCAGAAAAUAAAAUAUUCAAUUAAAAGUGAAAAAAUAAUAUUUAGAAUCGUAAAAGUUUCAAAUUUUUAACUAUAUAAGAAAACUAUUCUCAUUCUCAGUUGUCUGUUUGAUAAUCACGAGGUUAUCGUUGUCGAUAACGUAAAGUGUGCUGUUAUAAUACAGUUUUUAUUUAUUAGUCACCUAUAAAUAAAUACAUUUCUCUAUAUAUAAGAAUGAACCUUUUAUAGUUAACGUCUAACGUUAAUACAUAAUUACAUAAAAAAUUAAAAGCAUAAUAUACUUAAUUACUAUGAAAUAUUGGAAUAAGUUAAAUUUGAAUCUUACUUACAUGGCAACAAAAAUAAUUACAUCUCGCAGGAUCGUUUUAACGAUCAACAUUUUCAUAACAUUUUUGUUGUACUAUAUUCGAAUGUUUAGCAUUAUAAAAAACUUUAUCAGGUAUCUAGUCGUGGUAUUUGAUAAUUUGAUAAUUUGAGAAUAACGCUUAUUUUAGAAUAAAUAUGGCAGCAUUACUGAAAAAUUUAAACUACCUACAAAAUUUCUAAGUUUUUUUUACUAAGUUUUUUCUCUAUGAAUAUUGAUCAAAGAAUUAAAAAAAAAUCAAAAAAGUUGUAUACAAA